AUGCCAGAAAGUAGUGAAACACCAAUCCCAGAUAGCAAUGAAUCUGUGGUGAAUGAUGUAUCUCAUCAAACUUCUGUUAUUGAAGAGAAUUCAGUAAAUGAGCAUGAACUUGAAAACGCCAUGAACCAAACAGAAGAUAAACAAGACGAACACAGAAGUAAUUUAGAGGAAUAUCAAAGUAUUAACCAAGGAGAAAAUGUGCACAACAAAGAGGGAGAUUCAGACGAAGAUGAAAAUAAGGAUGAAGAUGGAGACGAAGACGAAGACGAAGACGAAGAAGCUCUUGCUAGAGAUUUGUAUUCAGAUGAUCAAACUAUCGGUAAUAAUGGAUCCUCAGCUACAACUGGAAACAACGAGGAUCAAACAGUAAAGGAGCAAGAUAAUGAAAAUGAAACAUCACAAGAACAAUAUCUACAGCCAUCCUCUGAAGAUGAAGAGGAACUAAAAAAUGAUGAUGAUGAUGUGGUAAACAAUGAACCAACGGUACUGGAAGACAACUUAGAAAAUACUGAGUUCGAUGGUGAUCAUGUUAACGAACAAGGAACUGAAGAUCAGAAUUCCAGUGAGAGUAAAAGUACCUCUAACGAAAAUGAGACCUCUGGUGAUGUUGAACAACAGCAACCUGCCAAUGCUAAUAUUGUCGCACAAAUAUUAUCAGAGUCAUUUGAAAAAGAGAAUGUUGAUGCUAACUUGAUUGAAAAACAAGUUAAGUUUAUUGAAGAUAGUCAUUUAUUAGAAAAAACACAAUUUCAAAAAUUAACUGAUACGGAAAAGAUUACAGUAGUGUUAAAACUAUUAAACUCAAACACAGAAACUAAAUUUCAGGCUACAAAUAAGAAAGCUAAUGCUGUUGUGGAUAGCAAUGGCUUGAGAUUGUUCCCAAAACCAGAUAUUACAAAGCCAAUGACACCUGAGGAAUCAGUAAGAUAUAAUGAUUAUCUAAAAGGUGAGAACAAAAUUACAGAAAUGCACAGUAUUCCUCCGAAAUCUAGAUUAUUUAUUGGUAAUUUACCUUUGAAAAAUGUUUCUAAACAAGAUCUAUUCCGAUUAUUUUCACCAUUUGGACAUAUUUUACAAAUCAACAUAAAAAAUGCGUUUGGUUUUAUUCAAUAUGAUAAUCCAAAAAGUGUAAGAGCUGCAAUUGAAUGUGAAUCUCAAGAGAUUAAUUUUGGUAAGAAGUUGAUUCUUGAGGUUUCUAGUUCAAAUAAUAGACCUCAAUAUGAUCAUGGUGAUCAUGGUACCAAUAGCAGUUCAACAUUCAUAUCUACUUCUAAACGUCCUUUCCAACAUGAAGACGAGGAGCCUGUUGAUAUGUAUGCCGAAAAUAACAAUGCCCAUAAAAAGCCAAAGCGUAGAACACCAUCGUGUGUUAUAUUCGUUAAGAGAACAGCUGAUAGAAAUUAUGCUAACGAAGUUUUCAACAAAUUCAACAAUAUGACUGGACUUGAAACUGACAUGGUAUUUUUGAAACCGAGAUUGGAGUUGAGAAAACUAGUAAAUGACGCUGCCUAUGAAGGUGUUUGGGGUGUUAUAUUAGUAAACAAGACUCGAAACCUAGAUGUUCAAACAUUCCAUCCUGGUCCUCGUGGAGAAACAAAAUUUGAUGAGUAUGUUAGUGUGUCUGCAGAUGACGCUGCUGCAAUAUUCAAUAACUUGAAGGUAAUCAAAAAUAGAUCAGGUGGUAUGCCGCCAUUGGCGGGACCUCAAUCAGGAUACCCGCAACAAUCUGUGCCAAAUAUGAUGCCUCAACCUCAACAAGGAUACUAUGGCAAUUAUAAUUAUGGUCAACAACCCAAACCACAGCAACAGGCGAACUUCUAUCCUCAAAUGCCGACUCAAAAUACCAGCUAUGGUCAACCGGGGAUGGCUCCAGCUGUUCAAGGUUAUGGGGCCCCUACUUCUCAACCUCCAAUGAAUAUGGGAGGUGGAAGCUACAGCCGGUAUGAUAAUUCGAGCAUGCAACAACCCAUGUCUAAUAAUCAACCCAUGAAUCAGCAACAAUUGUUAGCUGCAAUUCAGAAUCUGCCACCUAAUGUUGUAUCAAACCUACUUUCUAUGGCACAACAACAGCAACAACAGCCUGAUUCCCAACAACAAAUUUUAAACAUGAUUCAGUCAAUGCAAACACCCCAGCAGAACCAACAGCAGCAGCAACAACAACAACAACCAGUAAAUAUGCCACCCCAAAAUAGCUUUGGUGGUAAUGUUCAACCUUCGAACCAACCCACAAAUCCCGUAUCGCCAUCUGCUGCUGCCAACCAGCAGGACCAACAACCUGCUAACAAUGUUCAAAGUCUUUUGGAUAGUUUAACUCAGCUCCAAAAGUAA